AUGCCUGACGAGUUCCUUGCCAGCAACCCCCCCCCGCUCUGGAUCACGCUCUACCACAUCGUCACCCGCCUCCCUGACUCUCUGCGCGCAGUCAGGGACCACUUCCUCGCUCGCUCUCCCACUGAGCUCACCAUUGCCCUCCUCGAGAAGGAAUUGCUUGCAGCUGAGGCGAGCAUCGUCGCUGUAGGCACCUCUCGUGGCGACCCCCGCACCCCGUUCUUUGAGGGGUGUUCCCCUUCCCCUCUCCUCCCCUCUAUCGCCUCUGCUGCUGCUGUCGACCUCCUUGGUGCUGAGAAGGUCGGGGCUGCGUCUGCUCCGAGCGGGCGCCGCAGGGGCAAAGGGGGCAAGGGUGGAGGUGGCGGCGGGGGAGGCGGGAGUGGUGGCGGUGGGGGUGGCGGUGGGACUGGAGAGGCUAGUGGCGGCAGUGGGGGUGGUGACAGCAGCGGCGGGAGCGGUGGCAGGGGCGGAGGCGGCAGCGGAGGCGGAGGUGGUCGUGGCGGCGGCAGGGGUGGAGGUGGCCGGGGCGGUGGCGGCGGCGGUGGUGGUCGUGGAGGCGCUGGCGGUGGACAGAGUCAGCAGCCCGCCCCGUCGCUUCAGGCCGCCCGUGAGUGGUAUGCGCAGCGUGGCUUUACCUGCACGUACGUCAUUCGCACUGGUGACCGCACUGGCCAGCAGUGUGGGAGGCCGCAUCCCACACAGCGCUGUUUCGCGCGCCUUACUGACGCGUGGCGUGCCCAGUUUCCUGAUGCCACUGACCUGCCCCACUGGGCUGAUCUGGAGAAGAAGGGAGUUGAUAUCUGGGCUUUAGACUUUGAUGCUAUUCUCACUGCCAUGUAUGCGAUGUUUACUAGUGGAGAGGGUGCUCAGUACUUGCGUGUUCCGCCCGACCCGGGCAUUCUGACCAGUCCGGCUGCCGCUCUAGGUGCUAGUGAGUCUGCUGCCCCAGGUCCUGGUGAGGCUGCUGCUCUAGGUGCUAGUGAGUCCGUGCCCUCUGGUACUGAGUCGACUGCAGCACUGCACACCUUCACACUGGACUCAGGUGCUUCUCGCUGUUUCUUUCGUGACCGCACUGUCCUUGAGCCGCUUGCUCGGCCAGUUGCUGUCUCCCUCGCUGACCCCUCUAGGGGUCCGGUCGUUGCGACCUCCUCCACUGUCCUUCUGGUCCCGUCAGGCACACUGUCAGGCCUCUACCUCCCCUCGUUCUCUACGAACUUGGUGGCAGGUAGUGCGCUCCAGGACGGGGGUGUUCACCAGUUCACCCCUGCUUACGAGCGCGUGACCCACUGCACGUGUGCUCGGACGGGCCGUCACCUGGCUACCUUCACUCGGCAGCCGGGGUCGGACCUGUACACACUGACCACUGAGUCCCCUCAGGUAGCUGCGUCCGCGUCUGCGUCUGCGUCAGGUCAGCUGUCCGCCCCCUGCUCGUGUCGCUCUCUGGCGCAUGAGACUGUCCUCUGGCACCACCGUCUUGGUCACCCGUCUGUGCAGCGCCUUCGGGCCAUGCACAAACGGGACCUUGUUGCUGGUCUUCCCAGGGUUCUCCCUCCCCUCCCACCCUCGCCUGCUCCUCCCUGUCUUCCCUGUGUCGAGGGGCGGCAGCGAGCCGCUCCUCACUCCUCCUCCUUCCCCCCGACGACUGCUCCUUUGCAGACGCUCCACAUGGACGUGUGGGGCCCAGCCCGCGUCCGUGGUCAGGGUCAGGAGAGGUACUUCCUGAUUGUUGUUGACGACUUCUCGCGCUACACCACGGUCUUCCCCUUGCGCACCAAGGGUGACGUCCCUGAUGUCUUGAUCCCUUGGAUCCGCAUAUCUCGUCUCCAGCUCAGUGAGCGUUUCCGCUCCGACUUCCCUGUCCUGCGUUUGCACUCUGACAGAGGUGGGGAGUUUUCCUCUGGCCUCUUGGAGGCCUUCUGUCAGCAGGAGGGCAUUGAGCAGUCGUUCACGCUUCCGGCCUCUCCACAGCAGAAUGGGGUUGCUGAGCGCCGCAUUGGCUUGGUCAUGGAGGUCGCUCGUACCUCCUUAGUUCAUGCGGCUGCCCCCCAUUUUCUGUGGCCGUUUGCAGUCCGAUACGCUGCGCAUCAGCUCAACCUCUGGCCCCGUGUCUCCUUACCGGAGACCUCUCCGACACUGCGUUGGAUGGGAGAGGCUGGCGAUGCGUCGCGUUUUCGGGUCUGGGGAUCUCGAGCUUUUGUUCGCGAUACGUCUGCGGACAAGCUCUCCCGUCGAGCUGUCCCCUGUGUCUUCCUUGGCUUCGUCCCGGACGCGCCUGGUGCUGAGGUACCAGACCCCCUCCCCCCUCAGGGUGCCGCUCCCUCAGGUGUGUCUCAGGUAGACCCGGGUGAGCCUGUCGAGGUAGCUGUUGACUCUCGUCCUGCUGGGGGUACUGAGCCUGACCGUGAGGAGUCUGAGGGUGCUGAGCCUGGGGGUGCGGAGUCUGGAGGUGCUGAGCCUGGAGGUGCUGCGUCUGGGGGUGCUGAGCCUGGGGGUGCUGAGCCUGACCGUGCUGAGUCUGGGGGUGCGGAGCCUGGGGGUGCGGAGUCUGGAGGUGCUGAGCCUGGGGGUGCUGUGUCUGGAGGUGCUGAGCCUGAGCGUGCUACACCUGGAGGAGCCCUCUCCUCCCAGCAGCUGCAGGAGAGGUACCUACAGUACUGCCACCUCCGGAGAGGUGCUGCUGGAGCUCGUACCAGUACUUCCCCUCCUACCCAGGAGCUCCCCCCCAUUCAGCAGAUCCGAGAGUGGUACGCGCGGCGCUGCAGUCUUCGGAGUGGUGCUCCUGGUGCUGCAGACCCUGGGGGUGGCGCUGCUGCUGGUACUGAGGACCCGGGCGUUGGAGCUGCUGCUGGUGCUGAGGACCUGGGCGGUGGCGCUGCUGCUGGUGCUGAGGACCCGGACGGUGGAGCUGCUGCUGGUGCUGAGGACCCGAGCGGUGGCGCUGCUGCUGGUGCUGAGGACCCGGGCGUUGGAGCUACUGCUGGAGCUGAGCACCCGGACGGUGGAGCUGCUGCUGGUGCUGAGGACCCGAGCGGUGGAGCUGCUGCUGGUGCUGAGGACCCGGACGUUGGAGCUGCUGCUGGUGCUGAGGACCCUGUCGCUGGUGUCCCUGCUGGUUCUGGAGACGCUGCGCGACCGCGACCGUACUUCGUACCACUUCUUCAGCAGGUUCUUGGUCAGGCUCCUCCUCCUUGUCCUCCUUCCUCAGUAGAGUGUCCUCCGCCUGUCCAGUCGCAGUCACAGUUCCCGCCUGCCUCGCCUCUCCCUGCUCCCUCUCCUUACACUGGUCCCACGGGAGGUCUUACAGAGCGUCGUGAGCCUGAGUCUCGUCCUGCGUCGCCUGUUCGUACUGCUCGCACUGGUCGUCGUGUCCCACGUGAGCGUCCUCCUCCUGUCCCUGGCACUCACUACAUGACUCUGCGUCCCUCCACUGCUCCUCAGCGUGUUCCGCUGCCGUCUCCUCCUGCGUCCUCUCUGCCUACUCUUCCUGAUCCGGAGUCUGACUCCCGUCGUGCUGCCAGUCCCACUGUCACCCGUCUCCUCGCUACUGUUGUCACUGACCCUACCUUUGAGUCCUCUGCUGCGUCUGCUCUGGUCGCUGAGUUGAUAGACUUUGCUGCCCGGUGUCGUCUAGACUACGCCACUAGCCUUGUUGCUGAGUCAGAGUCUGAGUCUGUCUGUCCUCCGUCCGUCGGGGGUGAGUGUGCUCUUGGCACGGACGUCCUUGAGGACAGACAAGAGGAGUUCCAGUGCUUUGCUGCUGCUUUACCCCACCUCGUGUCCAUGCUAGUUGCCCCUGAGGGAGACCCGGAUGCACCAGACAUCCCGACCCCGCGCACUUACGCUGAGGCGAUGGCGGGUCCCUACUCCUCUCAGUGGCAGACAGCCAUGGACGCAGAGAUGGCUUCCUGGAAGUCCACACGCACCUACGUCGACGAGGUUCCCCCACCUGGGGCGAACAUCGUCAGUGGCAUGUGGAUUUUCAGGACCUUCUCCCCCACCCCGAAGAUGACCACUCUUCGGGUGCUGCUGCACAUAGCCGCUCAGCGCGACUACGAGCUUCACUCGCUUGACUUCAGCACUGCUUUCUUGCAGGGCAGCCUGCACGAGGAGAUCUGGCUGCGCCGCCCUCCUGGCUUCAUUGGGUCGGUUCCUCCUGGUACCCAGUGGAGGCUCCAGCGGCCGGUCUACGGUCUCCGCCAGGCACCACGUGAGUGGCACGACACACUGAGGACGACACUUGCGGCUCUUGGGUUCGCUCCCUCUACUGCUGACCCGUCACUGUUUCUACGCACAGACACCUCACUGCCGCCGUUCUACAUCCUCGUGUACGUCGACGACUUGGUCUUUGCCACUGCUAACACCGCGGCACUCGCCCACGUGAAGUCGGAGCUGCAGAGGAGACACACGUGCACAGACCUGGGUGAACUGACAAGCUAUCUUGGCUUGCGGAUCACCCGGGACAGAGCACGGCGCACCAUCACCUUGACUCAGUCACACAUGGUGCAGCAGAUCCUUCAGCGCUUCCGCUUCACGUACUCCUCGCCUCAGUCCACUCCUCUGCCUACCGGUCACUCGCUCUCAGCUCUGCCUUCGGAUGAGUCAGUAGAGCCGAGUGGCCCGUAUCCAGAGCUUGUGGGCUGCCUCAUGUACCUGAUGACCUGCACUCGACCUGACCUUGCAUACCCUCUUAGCAUCCUUGCGCGCUAUGUCGCUCCUGGCUGUCACAGGAAGGAGCACAUGGAUGCCGCUAAGAGGGUGUUGCGCUACUUGUGCAGUACGUCGGGCAUGGGGCUAGUGCUUGGAGGGCGAGACCGAGUUGUACUUACUGGACACUCAGACGCUUCUUGGGCGGACGACCAGGCUACUCAGCGGUCGUCUCAGGGUUACACCUUCAGCCUUGGCUCCGGCUCAGUUUCUUGGCGUUCUACACGCUCUUCUUCUGUUCUCAGCUCCAGUUGUGAGGCUGAGAUCUACGCCACAGCCAUGGCUGCCCAGGAGCUACGCUGGCUGACCUACCUGCUGACCGACUUGGGAGAGCGGCCUCGUUCUCCUCCAGUGCUGUACGUCGACAACCAGGCUGCCAUUGCCUUGUGUGAGGAGCACAGACUGGAGCACAGAACGAAGCACAUCGCCCUGCGAUACUUCCUUGCUCGAGAGCUGCAGCAGCGUGGUCAGCUUCGUCUGCGUUACGUGGCCACUGAGGCCAACCUUGCUGAUGUGUUCACCAAGGCGCUUCAGCCUUGUGACCAUCAGCGUUUCUGUACUCUUCUAGGCCUUGUGCCUGCUGGACCCCACUUGCUUACUUCUUGA